AUGGACAACAACAUGCCCCCGUUGAAAAUCCUCAUCUGCGGCGCCGGCAUCACAGGCACAGCGCUAUCCUUCUGGCUCUCCAAACUCGGACACGAAAUCACCGUGAUCGAACGCUUCCCCGUCCUGCGCACCACAGGCCUCCAAGUCGACCUCCGCGGCUUCGGCAUCACUGUCCUCAAACGCAUGGGUCUCGAAGAAUCCUUCCGCGCAGUCGCUGCAAACGAACAAGGUGUUCGCCUCGUCGACAAGAAAGGCCGAUCAUGGGGGUACUUCCCCGCGCAUAACAACCCCUCCGCCAAAGGACCGCAGAGUUUCACCAGCGAUUUCGAGAUUAUGAGAGGUGAUCUGUGCCAGAUGCUUCAUGAUGCGAGUAAGGAUCGUGUGAAGUAUAGGUUUGGGGUUCAUGUGCAGCGGAUCGACCAGACUGCAGCGCAGUUUGCGGACGUGAAGUUUUCGGAUGGGACCAAAGAGCGGUUUGAUCUCGUUGUUGGCGCGGAUGGGCAGUGGUCUGGCACGCGGAAGAUUAUGCUUGAGGAGGGAAAGGCUGGUGGCAGAGAUCCUCUUCAGUCAAUCGGUGUGUUUGCAGGCUAUUUCACUGUUAAUGAGAAGAUGCGGGAAGGCGACGGGUUUGAUGCAACGAUCUACGUGGCGACGCAGGGCCGAGGGAUCAUGACUCGCCGACACGAUAUCGACAAGUACCAAGCGUAUCUAUUCUGCAAAACAGAAGCGUCGGUGAAGCUGAAGAGUUCUAGGACGGAGGAUUUUGAGGACGAAAAGGAAGCGUUGGAAGAGGUUUUCCGUGGGGCUGGGUGGCGGUCUGAGGAGGUUAUGGAAGGGAUGAGGAAGUCCGAGGAUUUCUAUUGUGAGCGGAUUGGCGUUGUUGUGCUGAAUAAGUGGUCUCGUGGUCGUAUUGCACUGGUAGGUGAUGCGGCGUAUUGUCCGUCUGCGAUGACGGGGAUGGGGACGUCUUGUGGCAUUGCCGGUGCUUAUGUUCUUGCGGGCGAGAUCGCAAGGCAUUGUGGAGAUGGGUCUGGAGAUGCAGCUGACAAGGGCCGAAGCAUCACGGCUGCAUUAGAUGGCUAUGAGCGGAAAUUCAGGCCGCUGAUGGAUCGUAUGCAGAAGGGUUUGAGGGACAAUCCGAACUAUAUGGAUCAAUUCCCGUCCUCUACCUUGGGGCUUGGAGUGAUGUACUUGAUUUUCUGGAUCACCUCACUCCUGAGACUGGAUGUCCUCGCUCGAAUGGUUCUGCGUGAAGAUACAAAGGGGUGGAAGCUCCCGGAGUAUCCAGAGCUGGACGAGACUAAAGUGAGAUAG